AUGGCACCAACCGAAGAUCCAGGGGUCGCCUUCGCUCUAGACGAAGAAAAGAGGACGACCACUCCUCCCGCUCCUACUGCCGAGCCAGGAGAAACGCCCGCCAGCAAUACUCCCGAAUUCGAGGCUGCGCCAGAAGGCGGCCUCCGAGCGUGGACCGUCGCAGCCGGCGGCGCCUGCAUCUUCUUCUCCUGCCUAGGCUUCUCUAACGCAUUCGGCGUCUUCCAGGAGUACUACAUGACGCACCAGCUGCGCGACAAGUCGCCCGACGACAUAGCCUGGAUCGGGUCUGUUGGAGGUUUCAUCCAGUUUGCCGUGGGCGCCGUAGGGGGGCCACUGUUCGAUCGCAUGAUCCGUCCAGCAGCCGUCGCCUACAUCUUCGCCAUGAUGAUGCUCAGCCUCAGCCACUCCUACUACCAAAUUAUGCUCACCCAGGGCGUCCUCAUGGGCAUCUGCAUGGGGGCAAUGCAGUUCCCCGCCUUCGCCGCCGUAUCACAGUACUUCGAGAAGAAACGCGCCGCCGCCCUGGGCAUCGUCGUCUCCGGAUCCUCAAUCGGCGGCAUCGUGAUCCCCAUCGCCGUCUCCAAGAUGCUGAACAGCUCCUCGCUCGGCUUCGGCUGGUCCGUCCGCACCAUCGGCUUCCUGACCACGCCGCUCAUGCUCUUCGCCUGCAUGGCCAUCAAGGCGCGGCUGCCGCCGCGGCAGACGACGUUCUUUAUCUGGGCUGCGUUCAGGAACACGAAGUUCAACCUGCUUAUCGCGGCGCUCUUCUUCAUGUUCAUGGGCAUGUUUGCUCCGCUGUUCUUUCUCCCUACGUAUGCGGUCAUGCGCGGCGUGGACGCGGCCAUGGCCUCGUAUCUCCUUGCGAUCCUCAAUGCGGCCUCCACGUUUGGACGCAUCAUUCCCGGUGUACUGGCGGACAAAUAUGGGCGCUUGAACAUGUUUGCUCUCGCGGGCAUUUCUACGGGCGUCAUAAUCCUGUGCAUGAACUCAGCGACGAGCACGGCGGGCUUGGUCGUGUACUCGAUCGCUAUCGGCUUCACUUCCGGCACUAUCAUCUCUGGGGGUUCUGCCGCGAUUUCGCUCUGUCCUGAUGACCCCCGCAACAUCGGAACAUACAUGGGCAUGGGCUUGGCGGUUGGCUCGCUGGCUGCGCUGAUCGGACCCCCUGUGAACGGCGCUCUUGUUAAGGAGUAUGGCGGAUUCUCCCAGGUCUCCAUCUUCAGUGGCGUCGUGUCUUUGGUCGGAGGUGUCAUCGCCGCGCUCAGCAAGCUCGCAACUCCCGAGGGUAUUCUGGGCAGGGUGUAG